UUCGACGACCGCUUCUCAGACGAGCAGCUGGUGACCAUGUCGGUGCGCGAGCUGAACCGGCAGCUGCGCGGGGUCAGCAAGGAGGAGGUGAUCCGGCUGAAGCAGAAGAGGCGGACCCUGAAAAACCGCGGCUAUGCCCAGUCCUGCCGCUUCAAGAGGGUGCAGCAGAGACACGUCCUGGAGUCCGAGAAGAACCAGCUGCUGCAGCAGGUCGACCACCUCAAGCAGGAGAUCUCCAGGCUGGUGCGCGAGAGGGACGCGUACAAGGAGAAAUACGAGAAGUUGGUGAGCAGCGGCUUCCGAGAAAACGGCUCGAGCAGCGACAACCCGUCCUCUCCCGAGUUUUUCAUAACUGAGCCCACUCGCAAGUUGGAGCCAUCAGUGGGAUACGCCACAUAUUGGAAGCCCCAGCAACAUGUACUUACCAGUGUAUUUCAUGAAAUGAAAUUUAUGUGAGAACUGUGCAUUAAAAAUACAUUGUCAGUAGCAGUAGUAUUAUCUGCAGCGUUAGGAUACAACCUGCCCCUGACUUCUGUUUAGUCUCCUUCCUUAAAAAAAGAAAAUGUUUGCGUUAGAGAAAAAGGCUAUUAAAUAUAUAACCUCCUCCGUAUUAAUUAAUUAUGCCACUUGUCUGAGGGUCAUCUAUACUGACCCAUAGCAAAGCGAACCGGUGCUUGUCGCUUUAAGAUGUGCGAAACUGGAAUAGGCGCAGUUGUUUUCAAAUGUAAUAUUCAUUUUUAAAAACCCACUGAAAUGUAAAACAUAGAUACAUAUACAUUUAUAGGAAGGAAAGAAUCCCAAAGGUACCAGCUAGCAGUUGUAAAGCAUAUGUAGACAUACACUCUCAAUAGCACUUUUUCACGCUUCAUUGUUUCUCUGGCAGAUAAUUUCACCAAGGAGAAAAAAAUAUUGGACUCUCCCCCCCCACCCCCGGCCCCCCACAAGCAGAUGCCAUGGGCAGAAGCUCUAGCAGAGCCUGGCUUUCUCGUAGACCCCAGAUAAUGUUGUAUGUAUCAGUGAUGUCAAAUGUGUUUAUUUAUCAGACUCAGCCAUAAAUGAAAACAAUGUGUAGCAAAAUACAAAGUUAAGUUAAAUA